GCGGGAUCAUCGGUAAUGCUGGAUUUGUACUAUCUUCCCGGUUCUGCUCCUUGUCGGGCGGUGCAAAUGGUAGCCGAGGCAGUAGAUGUAAAGUUGAACCUGCGCUAUCUCGAUCUAAUGGCUGGCGAGCAUCGGUCGGAGAAGUUUACCAAACUGAAUGCACAGCAAACGAUACCCACGCUUGUCGAUGGAGCAGUAGUGUUGUGUGAGUCUCGUGCCGCUCUGAUGUAUCUCUGCGAUCGAUACACCAAGCAGGGAAGCGAUUUAUACCCUCUGGACAUCGUCCAGCGAGCCGCCAUCAAUCAACGACUGUUUUUCGACGCCUGUGUUUUGUAUCCGCGCUUUACUGACUACUAUCAUCCACAAGUGUUUGGAAAUGAGGCACCGGAUGGUAAAAAAAGGAUGGCCUUCGAACGAUCGGUGAAACUGCUAAACGUCUUCCUGAGUGAGCAUGAGUUUGUGGCAGGAACGAAAAUGACGAUCGCUGACAUAAGUAUUUUUGCAACGCUGGCUACGGCCUGUGUCUUGGGGUUCGGUCUUGAGCCGUAUGCGAGUGUUGAUAAAUGGUACAAUACUAUGAUUAUGUUGUGUCCGGGGGCAAACAUAAACGUAGAAGGGGCGAAAGAGUUUUUAAUGUACAAAUAA